AUGUCCUGCGCGAUCUCUGCCAUCACAUUCGAACACUACCCCCAUGGCCUUGGCGUGUCACACUCCUCCCCAAGGCUGUCUUGGUCGUUUGACGGGUCGGCCCGCGACUGGAAGCAGGCCCAAUACGAGAUACGCAUUACCCGUUUGACGCCCACGACCUACUCCGUGUCGUCCCCCGAUUCUAUUCUGGUUCCUUGGCCCGCUCCUCCUUUGCAAAGCCGAGAGUCGGCGGUUGUCGAAGUCCGUGUACGCAGCUCCUCUGGUGAAUGGACCGCAUGGGCCACAGAACGUCUCGAAGCGGCGCUGCUGGAGCGCAACGACUGGAGCGCCAAGCUGGUCACUGCGUCCGACCAGGCGACUCGAGCACCCAAGACUGACCCGAUCUCAUACUUCAGUUUUGUCCUUCCAGGCGGCCCCGAAGAGUCUGUCAAGCCUGUUCGCUUGCGCACGACGUUCAAAGCACCCUCCACCUACAAGCAGGCGAGACUAUAUGUCACCGCUUGCGGAGUGCACUAUACGUUUCUCAACGGCCAGCCUGUAUCGCCCGAUCUCCUCGAACCCGGAUGGACAAAGUAUGACACCACUCUGGCGUAUCGCACCUACGAUGUCACUGCACUCAUCAACGGGGAUACGAAUAUCCUUGCGAGUUGGGUGGGAGAGGGGUGGUAUGCAGGCCGCCUAGGCUAUUUCGAGGGCCAGCGGCACGUCUAUGGUCACCGCGUCGGUCUCAUUGCGCAACUCGAAGUGGAUGGACAAGUGGUCGCUCGUAGCGGAAACGGGUGGCAAUGGAGUUACGGCGCAAUUGCGGCCGGCGAGAUCUACGACGGUGAGGCAUUCGACUCCCGUAUCGAUGAUGAAGAAUGGAAGACGGCCGUAACUGUUCAUGAUUGGAAACAAGCUCAGGUGCUCGAUCUCCCGACUACGACACUCGUCACGUCCGAGUCCCCUCCCAUACGCCCUUAUGCCCGCCUCCAGGCCAAGGAGCUCAUCACGACCCCCUCGGGCAAAACCAUUCUGGAUCUCGCACAGAACUUUGCGGGAUUUGUCCAGGUUGUCGGCCAGCCGCCUAUCGAGGGCACGUUGACCUUUCGAUUCGCCGAGGUGCUGGAACACGGAGAGUUGGGCACACGACCGUUAAUGGGUGCUCGGGCAACAGACAGCAUCAUCCUCGGCGGACGGGUGCAAGGAUGGACACCAAAGUUUACGUUUCAUGGCUUCCGCUAUGUCGAGGUAUCUGGGUGGCCAGGGGUGACUCUCGAAGACAUUUGUGGAGUGGCCAUCUCGUCGGCGAUGAACCAGACGGGCACGUUCACAUGCUCGCACAUGCUCCUGAACCGAUUGCAUGAAAACGUCGUUUGGUCAACACGGUCCAACACCAUUUCCAUCCCUAGUGAUUGCCCGCAGCGUGCGGAGCGGCUCGGGUGGACGGGCGACAUUCAGAUAUUCGCCCCAACCAUCAAUUACCUUUUCAAUAGUGCAGGCUUCCUGCGCUCAUGGCUGCGCGACCUUCGGGAUGAACAGGAAGCCCUCGGCCAUGGCAGAGUGCCGUGUGUCAUUCCUCACUUGCCGCAUUGGAACAUUCUCAGCAAACCGCACGCCGUGUGGGGCGACGUAUCGGCAUUGUUGCCGAACGACUUGCACUUGUCCUUUGGGGAUUCGGACAUUCUCAAAGAGAGCUUCGCCUCGAUGACGGACUGGCUCGAUCGCGGAAUCCCGCGCAAUGCUGAGGGGACUUGGGACGAGACGACGUUCCAAUACGCCGACUGGCUUGCCCCAGCUUCACCACCAGACCAACCAUGGAACGCCCCGACUGACAGCUUCCUCGUUGCCAACGCAUACCUCAUUCAUACGACCCGCAAGGUCGCACGAAUCGCACAGGUCCUUGGGCGUCCAGAGGAGGCUGAGCGCUAUGAGAAGCAGGCUACUGACCUUCUCGAAAAGUUUCAUGCCAACUACGUGACCCCCAAGAGCCGCGUCUUGUCCGACACCCAAGCUGCGCUCGCCCUCAUACUGCAUUUCGACCUGGUCAACCCAGGUGUUGCCAAUCAGCGCGAUAUCCUAACCCGGCGCCUUGGCGAGCUUGUUGGCAAGGAUCGCUGGCAGGUAUCAACGGGCUUUGCGGGCACCCCCAUCAUCCUAAACACCCUCGCUGAACACGGUCUGCUCCACCAUGCGUAUGGCAUGUUGCUAGCCAAAAAGAGCCCAUCGUGGCUGGCACCAGUGUUGCUCGGUGCUACAAGUGUCUGGGAACGCUGGGACUCGAUGUUGGCCGACAAGACCAUCAACCCGGGCAGAAUGACAAGCUUCAAUCACUAUGCGCUCGGCUCGGUUGCGUCGUUCAUGCACCAGGUCGUCGGCGGCAUUUCCCCGUUGGAACCUGGCUGGCGCCACAUUCGUAUUCGGCCUCAGCCGGGAGCGACACUCACGCACGCCCACGCCGUGUUCCUCUCGCCAUAUGGCAAGGUGUCUUGCUCCUGGAAGAUUGUUGGCGAUAGGUUCAAAGUAGACAUCGAGGUGCCGCCCAACUGCACGGCAGAGCUCGUGCUACCGGGCGUCCAGGAGGUUGUUGGCACAGCCCAUGCCUCCUCCGCCAAUCCUCCGGGCGGCAUUGCACCCACUGGAGUUUAUGCCGACGACGACCCAAUUGAGAUGGGGCUCCUAAGUUUUGUCGAGGCUCAGCAUCUGCUGGCGCAGUACCUGCACAAACUCAAUCCCUUGAUUGCGCUUCUGGAUCCAAAGCUACACACUCUUGAAUUUAUUCGCAAAACAUCUUCCGCACUUCUCACAGCGGUACUCAUGUGCACGGCCCAGUUCUUGCGGCGUCCGCUGUAUUCGCCGCUACUCGCACACACCCGCAUGAUUGUCAAUCGUGCAGUUUCGACAGGGUCCAACUGCAAUCUGGGCAUGAUCCAGGCUCUCUCUCUCAUGGUUGCAUGGAAGGAGCCUACGGACGGCACCUCUGGGGUCAAGAUGGCAAUAGCCAUCCGGCUCGGCUAUCAGCUCGGUUUGCACAUAGCCCGCACAACACCACUGCCAGACAAUGAGCACGAGGCGCGAGUCAUUGCCGACAGAGAACGCACUUGGUUUAUGCUCUCAUGCGUCGACCGUAUACACAGCGACGUCUUUGGCCUACCACCAACUAUGCGGCUGGACGAGCUCCCAAAUUGCGUGCGUUGGGCCGAGGAGACAGACCGCUUCCACUGCGGCGAUAUGCGACAUGCGUGUAGCAUGAGCUCAGCGUCCACCUACCUUAUGCUCAUCGAGCUUCGUCGCACCUACACAAACAUGCCACGCCAGACAGCAUGGGCCCUGCUCAACAGCAUCUACACGCAGAUGGACCUGCAUCUGCAACAGUGGUUCCCAGAAGAUCAAACUCAAGGCAAGUUUCCGCCGAUCGAACAGAGCUUGCUCAAAUGGUUCGACCUGAACCACCUGUUGAGGAUCAAGUGA